AUGGCCUCCAGAACCCUAGCUGCUGGGGGAAUGAAAAAGGAUUUAAGGCCUCAUGUCCUACAACAUGGUAAACCACACGAGCGAUCUGCUAUCAUUAGCAAGCUUGCAGGACAAAUAGUAAAGAUGAGUCAGCAGAAGUUUGCUUCUAAUGUUGUUGAAAAGUGCUUAACUUUUGGUGGUCCAGAAGAAUGUCAGCUUCUAGUGAAUGAGAUGCUUGGUUCCACGGAUGAAAAUGAACCCUUACAGGCCAUGAUGAAAGACCCCUUUGGUAACUAUGUUGUGCAGAAGGUUCUUGAGACCUGUGAUGACCAGAGCCGCGAACUAAUUCUCUCCCGUAUCAAGGUCCACCUGAAUACACUGAAGAGGUACACUUAUGGGAAACAUAUUGUUUCUCGUGUUGAAAAGCUCAUCACAACUGGAGGUGAGGAAAUUUUCAUAGAUUAA